AUGCACAGUACCGACUCCAAGAUCCAGCCGGAUCCUGCCCGGCCAGUUGGGGAGGAGGUCGUUCCUUACCUCGAGAAGGAUGCGCUGCAGCUCAAUGUUGGCGGCCGGGGUGGCACCCAGCGCCGGUUGAAGAACUACCAGGUGAGCAUGAUCGGUUUCUGCGGUGGCAUUGGCACUGGUUUGUUCGUGGGUACGGGUGCCGCCUAUGCCAAAGCUGGACCGGCGGGAUUGCUCCUGGCGUACGCUGUCGUCGGCCUGGUGCUGUGGUGCGUGAUGCAGAGUAUCGCUGAGCUGGCCACGCUGCUGCCUACUGCCGGCUCGUUUCCGCACUGGGCCACGCGCUUCAUCGAUCCAGCCGUUGGCUUUUCGCUGGCGAUCUCGUACGGGUACUGCUACACCAUUGCCAUUGCAUCUGAAGUGUCAGCGGCCGCGGUCAUUGUCUCCUACUGGACCGACCUGACGCCGGCCGUCGUAAUCAGCGUCGGCUUGGUGCUGAUAUUGGCCAUCAAUCUCAUGAGCGUUCGCUUCUACGGCGAGACCGAAGUUCUCGCAGGUGCCAUCAAAAUCCUGUGCUUCCUUGGCUUGGUCAUUGUCGCCAUUGUCAUCACUGCUGGGGGAGGGCCUAACCACGAGGCCAUAGGCUUCCGCUACUGGCACAAUCCUGGCGCCUGGACCAACUACAACGGCAUCACCGGUCCCACAGGCCACUUCCUUGGCUUUCUGUCCGCAUUUGUCAAUGCGUCCUUUAGCUUCAUCGGCGUCGAGACUGUCGUUAUUACUGCUGCCGAAUCGGUUGAUCCGCACGACGCGAUCCCCAAGGCUGCCCGUCGCGUCACCUACCGCAUCGCCCUGUUCUACGUCCUCGGCGCCUUCCUUAUUGGUCUGAUCGUCGACCCGCGCACUAGCGACCUUGUCUCGGGAUCCGGUAAUGCCAACAGCUCGCCCUGGGUGAUUGCCAUCCGCCAGGCUGGAAUCAACGCCUUGCCGUCGAUCGUGAACGCCUGUGUACUCAUAUCCGCCUGGUCCGCUGGCAAUUCCUACUGCUGGGUUGGCUCACGGAUGAUUGUCGCCAUGACCACUGACCACCAGCUGCCCCAGAUCUUUGGUCGGGUGAACAAGAAGGGAGUGCCGUACUUGGCGGUCAUUGCCGCCUGGCUGUUCGGACCUCUGGCUUACCUGAGUCUUGGAUCCGGCGGUGCCGCGCAAGCCUUCUCUUGGCUCCUGAACCUCAGUACCGUGGCUGGUUUGAUCGCUUGGGCUACCCUCUCCCUCUGUUACAUUCGCUUCUAUGCAGCCAUGAAGGCGCAGGGCGUCCAUCGUGACACACUACCGUGGAAGGGUCCUCUGCAACCCUAUGCCGCCUGGGUGGGAUUCAUCGGGUCAACCAUUAUUACAUUGGUGGCUGGCUUCCCUGUGUUCCUGAAAGGAAACUGGUCUUCGUCCGACUUCGUUGCCUCGUAUAUUGGCAUUCCCAUCUUCAUUGCCCCAAUUAUUGGAUGGAAGCUAUGGCACCGCACCAAGUUUAUCCGUGCUGCAAAUAUCGAUCUAUGGUCUGGUCGACUGCAGGAGGGAGAGAUUGUCGAAAGACAUGCCCCGCAGACGUGGUGGGGUCGCACCCUUGACUGGAUUUUUUGA